AUGGCCCGGCUGUGGCUCCAUCUCUGCAUGUGCCUCCAGCUCCCAGGUUUCUGUACAAAUGUCCUUUUAACCCAGACUCCAGAGCAUAUCGUAGCCCAGGCUGACAACGAAACAGAACUGCUGUGUGAGCUGCGCAGGGAGCAUGCCGGGGUGUACUGGUACCGCUGGAGCCAGGAGAAGCAAAACUUCCAGUUCUUGAUGUUUUUCAGCCUGUUGGGCAAAGCCACGUACGGCACAAACAUCAGCCAGGAGAAGUUCAGUGUCCAUGGGGCGAGCUCCCCCACCUCCUACAGCCUGCGCAUCAGCCACCUCCAUGCCUCGGACAAUGGGAUCUACUACUGCUCCAUCUCCCAGUCCUCCCAGCUCCUCCUGGGCACUGGGACACGGCUCAGUGUGGUUGACGUUUUGCCUCUGCUUCCAAAGACCACGCAGACACCCCUCUCCAAAAAGCCCCUGCGGUGUGUGACCAAGAGCAAAUCUCCCAUCAGGAAAGGUGCCUGCAGCCCCCUGGUCUGGGUCCCACUGGCCGCCACCGUCCUGGUCCUCCUGCUGAGCCUGGUCCCCGUUGCCCAUCGCUUCCACCGUAUGAAGCGGAGGCUGUGGCUUCGGAUCCACAGGCAGUAA